UGCCCAGCAACACUUAAAUUUUUAAAGCAUGGGAAAAGAAAAGAGGAAAUAGAUGCUUAAUACUUUCUUCCCACAUCCCAAAGAUUGUUGGUAUGUGCACCCCACUUUGGAGAUUUAGGUCAUUUGGGUAAAAAGAAACUUGCUAUUGAGGAAAGAGAAUCUAUAGAAGUAGGGUUCAAGAUUUAGCGGGAUGGGGAAAGGUUUGGGACACUCACUUUGGAUAUGUAGGUUAGUCAGAGUUACUGCAUAAUGACUCCCCUUCUAUUUUGCUUCCCUUUAUGUGUGCAUUUGUUUAGUCAAGGAGCAGCAUGACUCUUGUAGGUUGCCAUAGCAUAUCAAAUAGAAAAAAAAUAGCUUCAAGAAGUUGGUGAGGAAGGAGCUAUGUAAGUCAGAACUCUUUCAGAGUGACAGAAACUCAACUAAAAGUAAUUUCACAAAAGUCAAUUUAUUAGCUUGAAUAAAACAAUAACUGAGAUCUCCUAGGGUGACUGACAGUGGCCUUCGGCGUAGUUGGAUCCAGAAGUUCAAGCGAUGUCAUGACAUUUCUCUUGGUACUGUUUUUCUCAGCUAUUAUAAUACUAGUGAAGAGCCCUCUUCAUGUGGUGGGGCACAUGACUAUCAAGUGUUCCCACUUCCUACUAGCCCUGGUCAGCAAAUCCAGUGGAAAGAGGGCAUUUCCCUCCUAAGGUCAUAUGUUCACCCCAGGGAAGAUUAGUUGACCCAGUAUGUGGAUCACGUGUACCAUACCCCAUCGAGUGGGCCACCAUGAUGGUGGUCCUUUACCCAUGGACAAAGGUAGGGAAGCUCUUCAAAGCCAAAAGGAGACUUUAAAAAAUGGAGAUGAGGUAGAUUCUGAACCUCUCCAAACAAUAUAUUUUCAUGCUAGCAGGGCUUGCACAUGUUGGGUUCUAGAGGUAUUUAAAAAGGUGUUUUUAAUAAUAAUAAUAAACCUACCAAAUUGUUUCUUAAUUAAUCUUUGCUAUUGACCCAAGCAAGGAGUUUACAGGAUUUAGAAAUGCAUUGCUAUAAAAUGACAACUGGAAUUCCUCCCUCAUUUGUCAAAGCACAGUCUUUUAGAGAGAGACAUAUUUGUAGAAAGAACAAAUCUGCUUCUGAUUUUAGUCCAUCCAGCGGCAGGCAGGCUUUUUGGACCAAUUAUUACCAGACCUUGAGAUAAAUCACCUCAUGAGCCAUUAGUUCUUGAAGGAUUAGCAGCCUCAAAGAUUUAUGUGCGGAUUAAUUGGAGUGUACAUUAGAUCGCUAUGUUUAAAACCGCAGUCAUUCCUGCAAAUCAUUUUCAUUAGUGCUUUAUUCAGAAUUCUAUAGCCUUAUUGCAGGGAAAUCUGAAAGACAUUUUUCUUUAUUUAUUUGUAGUCUGCUCCCCAUCACCACCGUUGCGUUUAAUAGAUCUAGCUAGGGCUACAUAGAGAACAUCUAAAGGAACAGCAGCUUUCAGUAAAGAUUAGUUCAGUUGCUUCAGCUGAACAGUGACUGAAAUACACAGGAUGAGGUACAAGAAAUAUAUCGGUAUUCUGGAAGCAGCAGUUGGUAUUACCCCACUUAACAAAAGAGAACUUCUACCUGAGAGCAGAAGACAUGUGAACCUUUGGCAACAACCUGGGGUGCGAAGUACCACAUUACUGUCCUCUCCCUGUGAGUGGGACUGGCACCCCAGCUGCAGCUCCAGGCGAAAGUACUCCAGGAAGCACAGAGCUGUGCCAGUACACAGCCCACGUUGCCAGGCCCCAGGCAUGGAAGAGCUGAUAUGGGAACAGUACACUGUGACCCUGCAGAAGGAUUCCAAAAGAGGAUUUGGAAUUGCAGUGUCUGGAGGCAGAGACAACCCCCACUUUGAAAAUGGAGAAACGUCAAUUGUCAUUUCUGAUGUGCUCCCGGGUGGGCCUGCCGAUGGGCUGCUCCAAGAAAAUGACAGAGUGGUCAUGGUCAAUGGCACCCCCAUGGAGGAUGUGCUUCAUUCAUUUGCAGUUCAGCAGCUCAGAAAAAGUGGGAAGGUCGCUGCUAUUGUGGUCAAGAGGCCCCGGAAGGUCCAGGUGGCCCCGCUGCAGGCCAGCCCUCCCCUGGAUCAGGAUGAUCGGGCUUUUGAGGUGAUGGACGAGUUUGACGGCAGAAGUUUCCGCAGUGGGUAUAGCGAGAGAAGCCGGCUGAGCAGCCAUGGGGAGCGCAGCCGCAGCUGGGAGGACAGUCCGGAAAGGGGACGUCCCCACGAGCGGGCCCGGAGCCGGGAGCGGGACCUCAGCCGAGACCGGAGCCGCGGCCGAAGCCUGGAGCGGGGCCUGGACCACGACCAUGGUCGCGCCCGAGACCGCAGCCGUGGCCGGAGCCUGGAGCGGGGCCUGGACCACGACUUUGGGCCAUCCCGGGACCGCGACCGUGACCGCAGCCGCGGCCGGAGCAUUGACCAGGACUACGAGCGGUCCUAUCACCAGGCCUACGACCCGGACUACGACCGGGCUUACAGCCCAGAGUACAGGCGCGGGGCCCCUCACGAUGGCCGCUCCCGGGGGCCCCGGAGCCGCAGCAGCGAGCUCCCACGCUCACGCAGCCCCAGCACCGAGCCGAGAGGGCGGCCAGGGCCCAUCGGGGUCCUUCUGACGAAAAGCAGAGCGAACGAAGAGUAUGGUCUCCGGCUUGGGAGUCAGAUCUUCAUAAAGGAAAUGACCAGAACGGGUCUGGCAACUAAGGAUGGCAACCUUCACGAAGGAGACAUAAUUCUCAAGAUCAAUGGGACUGUAACUGAGAACAUGUCUUUAACGGAUGCUCGAAAAUUGAUAGAAAAGUCAAGAGGAAAACUACAGCUAGUGGUGUUGAGAGAUAGCCAGCAGACCCUCAUCAACAUCCCGCCAUUAAACGACAGUGACUCAGAAAUAGAAGAUAUCUCAGAAAUAGAGUCAAACCGAUCAUUUUCUCCAGAGGAGAGACGCCAGCAGUAUUCUGAUUAUGAUUAUCAUUCCUCAAGUGAGAAGCUGAAGGAAAGGCCAAGUUCCAGAGAGGACGCGCCGAGCAGAUUGUCCAGGAUGGGUGCGACACCCACUCCCUUUAAGUCCACAGGGGAUAUUGCAGCUGCAGUUGUCACAGAGACCAAGAAGGAACCCACAUACCAAGAGGACUCCCCAGCUACUCAACCAAAAGCAGCCCCAAGAACUUUUCUUCGUCCUAGUCCUGAAGAUGAAGCAAUAUAUGGCCCUAAUACCAAAAUGGUAAGGUUCAAGAAGGGAGACAGCGUGGGCCUCCGGUUGGCUGGUGGCAAUGAUGUUGGGAUAUUUGUUGCUGGAAUUCAAGAGGGGACCUCGGCGGAGCAAGAGGGACUUCAAGAAGGAGACCAGAUUCUGAAGGUGAACACACAGGAUUUCAGAGGACUAGUGCGGGAGGAUGCUGUUCUCUACUUGUUAGAAAUCCCUAAAGGUGAAAUGGUGACCAUUUUAGCUCAGAGCCGAGCCGAUGUGUAUAGAGACAUCCUGGCAUGUGGCAGAGGAGAUUCAUUUUUUAUAAGAAGUCACUUUGAAUGUGAGAAGGAAACUCCACAGAGCCUGGCCUUCACCAGGGGGGAGGUCUUCCGAGUGGUAGACACGCUGUAUGAUGGCAAGCUGGGCCACUGGCUGGCUGUGAGGAUUGGGAACGAGUUGGAGAAAGGCUUAAUCCCUAACAAGAGCAGAGCUGAACAAAUGGCCAGUGUUCAGAAUGCCCAGAGAGACAACGCUGGGGACAGGGCAGAUUUCUGGAGAACCCGUGGCCAGAGGUCUGGGGCGAAGAAGAACCUGAGGAAAAGUCGGGAAGACCUAACUGCCGUCGUGUCUGUCAGCACCAAGUUCCCGGCUUAUGAGAGGGUUUUGCUGCGAGAAGCUGGUUUCAAGAGACCUGUGGUCUUAUUCGGCCCCAUAGCUGAUAUAGCAAUGGAAAAAUUGGCGAAUGAGUUACCUGACUUGUUUCAAGCUGCUAAAACGGAACCAAAAGAUGCAGGAUCUGAGAAAUCCACUGGAGUGGUCCGGUUAAAUACCGUGAGGCAAAUUAUUGAACAGGAUAAGCAUGCACUACUGGAUGUGACUCCAAAAGCUGUGGACCUGUUGAAUUACACCCAGUGGUUCCCAAUUGUGAUUUUUUUCAACCCAGACUCCAGACAAGGUGUCAAAACUAUGAGACAAAGGUUAAAUCCAACAUCCAACAAAAGUUCUCGAAAGUUAUUUGAUCAAGCCAACAAGCUUAAAAAAACUUGUCCACACCUUUUUACAGCUACAAUCAACCUAAAUUCAGCCAAUGAUAGCUGGUUUGGCAGCUUGAAGGACACUAUUCAGCAUCAGCAAGGAGAAGCAGUUUGGGUCUCUGAAGGAAAGAUGGAAGGGAUGGAUGAUGACCCCGAAGACCGCAUGUCCUACUUAACUGCCAUGGGCGCGGACUAUCUGAGUUGCGACAGCCGCCUCAUCAGUGACUUUGAAGACACGGACGGCGAAGGAGGCGCCUACACUGACAAUGAGCUGGAUGAGCCAGCCGAGGAGCCGCUGGUGUCGUCCAUCACCCGCUCCUCAGAGCCGGUGCAGCACGAGGAGAGCAUAAGGAAACCCAGCCCAGAGCCACGAGCUCAGAUGAGGAGGGCUGCUAGCAGUGAUCAACUUAGGGACAAUAGCCCGCCCCCAGCAUUCAAGCCAGAGCCGCCCAAGGCCAAAGCCCAGAACAAAGAAGAAUCCUUUGACUUCUCCAAAUCCUAUGAGUAUAAGUCAAACCCCUCUGCCAUGGCUGGUAAUGAAAUUCCUGGGGCAUCUACCAAAGGUUAUCCUCCUCCUGUUGCAGCAAAACCUGCCUUUGGGCGGCCUAUACUGAAGCCCUCUAUUCCCCUCCCUCCCCCAGAGGGUGAGGAAGUGGGAGAGAGCAGUGAGGAGCAAGAUAAUGCUCCCAAAUCAGUCCUGGGCAAGGUCAAAAUAUUUGAGAAGAUGGAUCACAAGGCCAGAUUGCAGAGAAUGCAGGAGCUCCAAGAAGCACAGAAUGCAAGGAUCGAAAUUGCCCAGAAGCAUCCUGAUAUCUAUGCAGUUCCAAUGAAAACACACAAGCCAGACCCCGGCCUGCCCCAGCACAUGAGUUCCAGACCCCCUGAGCCACAGAAAGCUCCUUCCAGGCUUUAUCAGGAUACCAGAGGAAGUUACGGCAGUGACGCCGAGGAGGAGGAGUACCGUCAGCAGCUGUCGGAACACUCCAAGCGCGGUUACUAUGGGCAGUCUGCCCGAUACAGGGACACGGAAUUAUAGAUGUCUGACCAUGGACUCCCCUGGGCCUGCCUGCCACGGCAUCAAGAGUAGCUGCUCCCAUCAGGCUGCCAGGAUGGAUCUUCUCCGGUUAGAGUGCACCGUGGAGACAUGGUGGGACUCCAGCUCAUGUGUCCUCAUGGAGAACCCAGGGGACAGCCGCUGCAAAUUCAGAAUUGAAGGCUCUGUUUUUAGGACUGGGUUAGAGGAGUCUGUGGCUUUUCGCUCAGAAUUAAGCAGAACAUUACAGUCAGAUCCUGUUACUUGCUUCAGAGGACCAAAAUCUGUAUUCUGUUUGCGUACUUUUAAUAUGUAUAUUAAGCAAUAACUAUUUUUCCUCAUUAAUAACUGCCUUCAGGGACUGUUUCAAUGUGAGGCAGAAUGUGAAAAAGGAAUAAAAAAUACUGUUGGACUCAAACUACAUUCAAAGAAGUACUUUAUUGCAACUAUCUUAAGUGCCUUGGAUGAGAAGUGUCUUAAAUUUUCUUCCUUUGAAGCUUUAGGCAGAGCCAUAAUGGACUAAAACAUUUGACUAAGUUUUUAUACCAGCUUAAUAGCUAUAGUUUUCCCUGCACUGUGUCAUCUUUUCAAGGCAUUUGUCUUUGUAAUAUUUUCCAUAAAUUCUGACUGUAUAUAUCAUAGCUAUACUUGAUAGUUUGGCUAUAAUAGUUUGAAGACCAAGAAGUUGGUAUUGAAAGUUUUUGUCAAUACAACUGUUGUGUUGACAGCAGUCAGUUUUAUAAUUUAAUAAAAAGGAAUACAUUGCAAUCCA